UAUAGUGAUUUUAUUUAGACGAGUGUUUAUUAAUUCUACAGAAAUGGAGUCGAAUAGUUCCUUUGAUUCUAAUUGUAUGACUUUAACUCGCUUUGUUCUUGCUGAACAGCGAAAAGUUCCAACUGCAACUGGUGAUCUUUCACAAUUGUUAAAUAGCAUUCAAACAGCUGUGAAAGCUAUCAGCUCAGCUGUAAGAAAAGCCGGUAUUGCUAACAUGUAUGGAAUUGCUGGUACAACAAAUAUUCAAGGAGAAGAAGUAAAAAAAUUAGAUGUACUCAGUAAUGAAUUAUUUAUUAACAUGGUAUCAUCUUCGUUUACUACAUGUUUACUUGUUAGUGAAGAAAAUCCAACAGCCAUUGAAGUUGAUUGCGAUAAGCAUGGAAAAUAUAUUGUCUGUUUUGACCCACUUGAUGGAUCUUCCAACAUUGAUUGUCUAGUUUCAGUGGGAUCUAUUUUUGGAAUCUACAGAAAACCAAGUAAUUCUAAAAUACCAUCAGUUAAGGAUGCUCUUCAGCCAGGUAAAAAUUUAGUUUCUGCGGGUUAUGCACUUUAUGGAUCUGCCACAAUGAUGGUUCUUUCAAUUGGUCAGGGUGUUAAUGGAUUCACUUAUGAUCCAGCGAUUGGAGAAUUUAUUUUGACUGAGAAAAAUAUGCAGAUACCAAUAAAAGGAAAAAUUUACAGCAUCAAUGAAGGAAAUGAAAAAUCUUUAAGUUUGGAUAUUAAAGAUUAUAUCUACUCAAAGAAGUAUCCAUCUAGUGGAAAACCUUAUAGUGCGCGAUAUGUUGGUUCAAUGGUGGCCGAUGUACACAGAACAAUCAAAUAUGGUGGGAUCUUUAUGUAUCCAGCAACAAAUGAUAAUCCAAAUGGAAAACUUCGCUUGCUAUAUGAGUGCAUACCAAUGGCAUUUAUAGUAUCUCAAGCAGGAGGUCUUGCAUCUAACGGCGAAGUGGAUAUUUUAGAUAUUAUUCCAUCAGAUAUUCAUCAGAGAUCAUCAAUUUUCCUAGGAUCAAAGGAAGAUGUAGAAGAAGUAUUACAAUACAUAAGAAAUCAUAAAAAGUGAAAAAAACGUAUCAUAAAAUUGAAAAUAUGUAAAUUUAUCUAUCCUUAUACUUCUUAUCCAAUACAAAAAGAUUUUAAAAAAAUUUGUUCACUCGUUUAUUAUUCUUUCA